AUGUCGAAAAUUAAACUACAAAUUCAGAAUAGCUGCAACAUUUUCUAUAAGAAUUCUUCUUAAGUAAUUUAACCAUAUCCAUUUUAAUCUAAUUGCUUUGAUAAAUUAUCUAAUUUCUCUUUUGGUAUAUGUAUUUCUCUCAAAAGUUUCUUUACUUAUAAUUGCUUAAUUAUCCUCUAUGGUCUCUAUCUAUUUGUUAGAAUAGCGUUAAUGAUUUUUCUUGAUUAAAUCGCUAAAGAUGAAUUCUAUUUUGAAAGAUAACAAUUUUUACCCUAAUAAUCAAUUCUACCAUUGCAAUUUUAAUCGAUUAUACCAAUUGACUAUCCCUUAAUUAUGUUAAUAUUGCACUCCUGCCAUGAUCUGACAGAAUAUAUCUAUCAUUGUAUGUCACUAUUAUUAUCCAAAUUUAUACUCUAAAUAGAACUCAGUAGGGGCUGCUUAAACUUCUAUUUAAAAUAAAGAACAUUUACUAUGUGA